AUGCAGUACAUCAUUGGCAUCGGUGGUGUAACCAAUGGAGAAAAAACCACCCUCAUCAACAGACUGAUAAAAAACCUGCCCAACUGUUGUGUCGUCCAUCAGGAUGACUUCUUCAAGCCCCACGAUCAGAUUGAAGUUGGUGAAGAUGGCUUUAAGCAGUACAAUGUCAUCAAUGCUCCGGACAUGGACGCCAUGAUGAGUACGAUCUACGCAUGGUUGGAUAACCCGGUGAAGUUUGAGAAAUCUCAUGGCAUUAAUAACACCCUGGACACUGAGAUCAUCCCAAAGUCUGACACUAAGGAGGAGGAGACUCACAUCCUUAUUGUGGAAGGCUUUCUGCUUUACACCUACGAACCUUUGAUCGCCGUGCUGAACCAACGUUACUUUAUUUCCAUCCCAUAUCAAGAAUGCAAAAAGAGGAGGUGCUCUAGGAACUACACGGUGCCAGAUUCACCCGGCCUGUUCUAUGGCCAUGUCUGGCCCAUGUAUUUGAAACACAAGAAUCAGAAUUUAAAAACAUCACUUGACUUGUUACAUCUUAGCACUUUUCCUCAACCCUUACCAGUCCCCCAGUCCCUGCUACUGAAAAACACACCCCCACAGCAUGAUGCUGCUGUGUUUCGCACUGAGAAGAGGCGUCUGUCUAGCCACCUAAACCCAGAUUUUUUGAUACCUGCAACCGACAGCAGCAGCUGUAAAGGCAACUGCAGCUCACAAGGCAGAGUGGGUCAUGAUCCCCACUUCCUACAGUCACAUGUCAAUGCGUCCUUGAGCAAGACACCCAACCCCAAUUACUCCCACUGCUGCCUGAUAAUGAUCCCUGCCAGACCAACCCGUGCCUCCAUAGAGGACGCUGCCUGCAGGAAGGUGACGGUUAUAGCUGCUCCUGUCCUCAGGGCUUCUCUGGAGAGAGCUGUGAGAUCGUUGGACGCUCCUGGAAGACCUCCGCAGGGAGGUGACCAGGAGGAUCCUGAUCAAAUGGCUUUACCGUCUCAACUGGCUCCUUUUGCUGUGAAGGAGCAGCAGGUCUGCUUUGAAAUCCCUUUGGAUGUCCGAGCUCCUCACACUAUCUCCUUAGCAUCAAAAGGAGCCAGUUGA